GAGGGUGUGAGUCACUUUUUCCUCUCAACUUGCAUGAACAAGCUAAAGUCUGGGUUUUGCUUCAACUUUGCAAACACUGCUGUUACACAUCUCUUUGAUGGACAGCCAGGCCAUUUAGUGCCCUCAGCCUCUUAGUUUCUCGUGGAAAGUGACAUGUUCGUCAUGGCAGGCAGAAUGGUGGGGCACUCCUUUGUUCAUGGAGGACCAUUCCUGUCAGGGCUUAGCCCUGCUGUUGUGCAUGUCCUGUUUGGAGGAAGCCCGGAAACUCCAACAGUAACACCAGAGGACUGUCCAGACCUAGACAUCCAUGAAACUAUCAGGCUUCUUGAAGGGGAAUCUGAACUCUCAGACAAGGACAAAACAAGUGUCCAGGAGUUGGCCUACGCUUGGGAUCUCCCUGGCCUUACUGGAAAUAACCGAAGAUGGCUUUUUGAGAAGAUGUUGAUCCAUGCUGUAAUUGGACGUGUCACACGACAAAUCAAACAAUUCAGGCGUGGUCUUAAAGAGACACCAAUGUGGACAUUGCUGACCAAACGACCGGACACAGUGGCCCAGCUUUUUCCACAGGAGAGAGCAGUGGAUUGUAACCCUGCGAUGCAGCACAUCACCUGGCCUCAUGAAGAUGAUGAUGACGAAGACGACGAUUAUUCACUUGACACAAUAUGCCGCAUAUCAGGUUAUCUUAGCCACUUCAUUGAAAAUGAUAUGUGUACAGAGUUGGAAAUCUUGCCAAUGUGUUAUUAAAAUAAGUUAGUCACCCAAAGUUUUUAUUUAUAAGUGGCAGGUUACUUUUUA